AUGGCUACUACUCAUCGAACUAUAGUUCCUCGUCGAAAAUUAGCAUUAAUUAUUGGAAAUAAUAAUUAUAGUCGACCAGAAAGUAAACUUCGUCAUUGUAUUAAUGAUGCUAAUGAUUUAAGUGAUGUGUUAACUAAUAUUCGUUUUCAUGUUACAACAAAACUUGAUUUAAGUAAUUCACAAAUGGUUUCAACUAUAAAUAGUUUUUCUAAAACUAUAAAUGAUGGUGAUUUAGUAUUAUUUUAUUUUUCUGGACAUGGUUAUCAAAUCAAAGGUACAAAUUAUUUAAUGCCAGUUGAUGAUGGUCAAAUUGAAACGGAAGAUGAUGUAGAAGAUUUUGCUGUUCCUGUUGAACGUACAAUAAAACGAUUAGCAGAAAAAACUCCUUCAUUUGUAACUGUAUUUAUCUUAGAUUGUUGUAGAUUAUACUGGCCAAAACAAAGUCCAAAACCAAAAGCUGUUUUUGAGGGUAAAGGUUUACAUACAAUGAAAUCACCAGCAGGUACAUUUAUUCAAUUUGCAUGUGAUGCAGAUCAAACAGCUAGUGAUGGAUUAGAUGAAGAACGAAAUGGUUUAUUUACUAAACAUUUACUUAAACAUAUUGCUAAUCCAAAUGAAGAUAUUGUUCAAAUUUUUCAAGGUAUUGCAGCUGAUGUUUUUGAAGAAAGUAAUCGUACACAAAGACCAUUAAGUAUAAAUGCAUUAUAUCGACGUGGACAUGUUUAUCUUAAUGAAAAUACUCCAGUUAAUCUUGGAAAAUUAGUUCUUUCAAAAAAACUUGAACUCAAUACUAAAUGGAAACAAUAUGGGUCGACUAUUGCCGGAGGUUACGGAUAUGGUACACAAGCGAAUCAACUCUAUUGUCCUCAUGGUAUUUGUGUUCAUGAUAGUGAUCAUCGAAUUUAUAUCGCUGAUCUUGGAAAUCAUCGUAUUGUUGAAUGGAAAUCUGGUGCAAAUAGUGGCCAAGUUAUUGCUGGUGGAAAUGGAAAAGGAAAUCGAAUGGAUCAAUUAAAUCGUCCAACAGAUGUUAUUGUUGAUAAAAAUAGUGAUUCUCUUAUUAUUUGUGAUUAUGGAAAUCGACGAGUCGUACGAUGUCCUCGUCGUAAUCGUGCAAAUCAACAAACGAUGAUAUCAAAUAUAAAUUGUUGUGGUAUAACAAUGGACUAUCAUGGAGAUCUUUAUAUAUCUGAUACGGAAAAGAAUGAAGUUAAACAAUAUAGACAAGGUGCUACACAUGGAACAGUUGUUGCAGGUGGAAAUGGGAAAGGCGAUCAUCUUAAUCAACUUAAUUUUCCAACAUUUAUUUUUGUUGAUCAAGAUUUAUCAGUUUACGUAUCUGAUCGAAAUAAUAAUCGUGUUGUAAAAUGGGUAAAAGGUGCAAAAGAAGGUGUUGUUGUUGCUGGUGGACAUGCUCAAGGAAAUAGUCUCGCACAAUUAUCUCAUCCUGAAGGAGUUAUUGUUGAUCAUUUUGGUAAUACUUAUGUAGCUGAUUGUUAUAAUCAUCGAAUAUCACGAUGGUCAAGAGGCGCAACAGAAGGAAGUACAGUUGUUGGUGAAAAAGGUAGAGGUAAACAACCAUAUCAAUUUAGUUGUCCGACAGGUGUAUCAAUUGAUCGAGAAGGUCGUUUGUAUGUUGUUGAUUGUAGCAAUGAUCGAGUACAAAUCUUUGAGGUUGAUGUUGCUUAA